UCUGUUAGUUUCAAACAUUAGAUCUUAUGGGUCCUGGCCUGUAGACAUCUUUUUACUCCAACUCCCUGAGUAGAUCCCUUAAUUCCUUCUAGGUGAUAUAGGCUGGUGGAUCCUGGAUGAGAUGUUUGCUGUUGCUUUCUUCAUCUUGUCUUUGAUGACUUGUCUGCCUGGGAUAACCAUACAGGAGAAGGCACACCGGAGAGUGAGUCGGGGGGCUGGGAGCUUGACAUUCACAGCAGUGAACUGCCAGCUGAGUGACUGGUCAGAGUGGACAGAAUGCAUUCAAUGCCAGGACAGAAAGUACCGACACCGGAGCCUGCUGCAGCCAAACAAGUUUGGGGGGACCAUCUGCAGUGGAGACGUCUGGGAUGAAAUCAGCUGUCGCAGACCCACAGCUUGUGCAAGGCCAGCACAGUGUGGACAGGAUUUCCAGUGUAAAGAGACAGGUCGCUGCCUGAAACGCCACCUCGUGUGCAAUGGAGACAAGGACUGCUCUGACGGCUCUGACGAGGACAACUGUGACGAUGUCAGGGUCAUUGAAGACGACUGCACCCUGUAUGAACCAAUUCCAGGAUCCGAGAGGGCAGCCUCUGGGUAUAAUAUCCUGACCCGGACAGAAGCUCAGAAUGUGUACGAUGCCAGGUAUUAUGGUGGCCAGUGUGAGACGGUAUACAACGGCGAAUGGAGGGAACUUCGAUACGACCCAGCCUGUGAGCGUCUGUACUAUGGGGAUGAUGAGAAAUACUUCCGGAAACCCUACAACUUCCUGAUGUACCGCUUUGAAGCCCUGGCAGACACUAGUUUCUCCUCAGAGUUUUAUGAUGAUACAAAUGAAGUUUUUUCCAAACUAAAAAAUGACCUGUUUGUGUCAGGUGGAUUGACCUUUGGUGUAGGCCCAGCAGCCACCCCUGUAACAGUGGAUGCAGGUGUAUCCGGAUCAUAUGGCUCUUCGAUCGUGAAUGAGUUAAGCAAGUAUAAUGAGAAGAAAUACAGCUUCAUGAGAAUUUUCACAAAAGUGCAGACUGCCCAAUUUAAGAUGAGGAGGGACAAUAUUAUGCUGGAUGAAGGGAUGCUGCAGUCGCUGAUGGAGCUUCCAGAGAAGUACAAUUAUGGCCCGUACGCCAAGUUCAUCAACGACUACGGCACCCAUUACAUAACGUCUGGAUCAAUGGGUGGCAUUUAUGAGUAUUUCCUGGUGCUUAACAAAGAAAAAAUGGAACAAAAGCGUAAGUAGAAGCUUUAUGCACACAG